AUGACGCACAGAGCCCAUAGGCAAACAGUGGAGGAGAGACGGAAGGGGGAACUGGUACACCAUGACUCCGUGCUCUUCUCCAUUCGUUACGUUUCUGAGGCUCUCAGUGACUUCGCUGAAUAUGUCGAGAAGCAGCAAGCGCAUCGCUCUGCGCUGCAACGUGAAGCUCGGGGGGACUCUGUGGCACCCAGCGACAGUGGCUAUUCCACUGUGAGCCUUGCGGCGGUGACAGAAGAUCAUGCUGAACUCGAUAUUAUCGACCAACUAGGCUUGUCGGACGAUACCAGCCAUGUUAAGCUAAAACAUCUCCUCCUGGACAACUCCGCCACUGCGGGUGAUACAUUACAACAACUUGCUGGUGUGGUACAGACUCGUAUUGAUGAAGGACAUGGCGAAACGGUUUUUGAUCUUGGCCAAGAAGACAACGGGGAAUGGAUGGGAUUUGACAAAGGGCAAUGGGAUACCGCUCUAGAGAGACUACGAAAGGCCGCUCAAACACUCCCAGCCGACUGUAGCGUACUUCUUACCCACAAUGUGGGUGGCAGCCAGGAGGCGGAAUCCAAAAACGAGCGGAUCAAGCAUGCUUAUGGCAAAAUCCUCAUACGCCAGGCUGCAGCGUCGGCUGAGGAUGUGAUUGAGACCAGAAUCGCAGUUGUUGGAAACGUUGAUGCUGGGAAAAGCACUCUACUUGGUGUACUUGUCAAGGGCAAACUCGACGAUGGCCGUGGGAGGGCACGAGUCAGCCUUUUCCGCCACAAACAUGAAAUCGAGAGCGGUCGAACUAGCUCUGUCGGUAUGGAAAUAAUGGGAUUUGACACCCAUGGCGAAAUAGUUGGGCGUGGACACGGGCGCAAACAAUCCUGGGAGGAAAUCGGCAAGCAGUCUGCCAAAGUAAUUUCUUUCACAGACUUAGCCGGCCAUGAACGAUAUUUACGAACCACUGUUUUCGGGAUGUUGAGUAGCAGUCCAAAUUACUGUCUGCUUAUGGUGGCCGCAAAUAACGGGAUAAUCGGGAUGAGCAAAGAGCAUCUCGGUAUAGCGCUGUCUCUGAAUAUUCCUGUCAUGGUUAUCGUCACCAAAAUCGAUAUUUGCCCUCCCCAUAUCCUACAGCAAACUAUUACCCAGCUGACACGCAUCCUGAAAUCCCCAGGCGCCCGGAAAAUCCCUGUAUUCAUCAAGACUCUCGAGGAAACCGUCAAUACAGCAACUCAGUUCGUUAAUCAACGGAUCUGUCCUAUCUUCCAGGUGUCCAAUGUGACUGGAGAGUGCCUUGAUCUCGUGCGAAUCUUCUUGAACAUCUUACCACACCACGGGCAUUACGAUGCUGACGCGCCUUUCGAGUUCCUUGUGAAUGAUACUUUUUCAGUUCCAUUCGUUGGUACCGUUGUUUCAGGGAUUGUUAAAUCAGGGGUUAUACACGUCGGUGACCCCAUAAUGAUUGGGCCCGAUUCGCUUGGCCAAUUCAGGACAACUGCAAUCAAGUCCAUCGAACGGAAACGUAUAGCUGUGCAUGCUUGCUCUGCCGGACAGUCUGCUUCUUUCGCUCUCAAGGGGAUUCGCAGAAAGGAAGUGCGCAAGGGAAUGGUAGUCCUGCCAAUGCUCGACCAGCCCCCAAAGGUCUAUCGUGAAUUUGUCGCUGAAGUCUUGAUUCUUUCUCAUGCUACAACGAUAAAAACGAAAUACCAAGCUAUGCUCCACGUUGGCGCUGUGAGCCAGACAUGCGCCAUUAUUGACAUAGAUCGUGACUACAUCCGAACAGGGGAUCGCGCACUGGUUGCAUUCCGUUUCAUCCAACGCCCGGAAUUUGUGUCUGUGGGCGACCGAAUCCUGUUCCGUGAGGGGAGGACCAAAGGAUUGGGCAUCGUGAAAGCCGUUCGCUACGACCCCAGGCAAUCCAUUGAACCCAAAAAAUAA